AUGGCGUCUUCCCGCCUCGACGUCUCGACCCUCACCUCCUCCGCCGACGUCUUCUCCUCAACCCACACCCUCCCCCAGAUCCGCGCAAUCCAUAAAGCCCUCCAUGUCGAGAUUGAAGAGAAAGCAUCCCGCCUGCGCACCCAGGUCGGCUCCUCCUACCGCGACCUCCUGGGCACCGCCGACGCCAUCGUCCAGAUGCGCACCGACAACGACGCCCUCCAAGCCCUGCUGGGCGGCAUGGGUGCCCGCUGCGGCCGCGCCGUCGUGGCGGGCAAGGUGUCCGGUUUACGCACCUUCUCUUCGUCCCGCGGGGGGUCGUCCGAUGAUUCCGAAUACGCAUCCGCGGGCGUCGUGGCGCGGGCGAAGCUGUACGACGCGUGCAGUCUCGUCGCCUCGCGUAUACUGAAAAGCGGAGGGCCCGCUCUCGUCACGGCAGGAGGCGCGGGACUGGGACCGAAGCGGGGGCGGGGCGACAGGCUUCUCCUGGCGAGCAAGGUUCUCGUCCUGAGUAGGUUGCUGGGGAAGCGGCUCGGGGAAGAGGACGACGCGCGGAUGGACGAGGACGUCAAGGCGACGGUGGAGACGGCGAGGAAGAACCUCGAGGGCCUUAAGAGGCGGCUACACCGGAGUAUCGACAAGCUUCUCGAGCGGGCCGCGCAGGAGGGCGUUGCUGCCCAGGAGGACGUGCUCAAGGCGCUGUGUGCGUACAGCCUGGCUACCAGCUCGGGGGCGCGCAUCGUCCUGCAGCAUUUCCUCCGCGUCCGGGCCGAGGCCGUGGCUACGGCCUUCAACGUCGACGAGGAGGAACCCAGCGGACGACAGAGAAGCAGCAGCAGCAGCAACAGCAGCAGCUGUUGCGACGACGUACUCAAAAGCCUGACGCUCUAUACCAGGACCAUCCUCGACGUCCAGGCCCUCGUGCCGUCCAAACUGGCAGACGCCCUCGCCAAACUGAAAAAGCGGCCGCUGCUAGCCGACGAGUCCCUGAAGGCGCUGGAAGGCCUGCGGCUCGACGUGUACGACAAGUGGUGCGGCGAGGACAUCCGCUUCUUCACGCCGUUCAUCCGGCACGACGACAUCGACGGGCCCUUCGCGCGCAACGGGCUCUCUACAUGGGCCGAGCAAGGCGCGCAAGUCGUCUUGGCCGGCCUCGCGACCACCCUAUCGCGCAUGACCGAAUUCAAGACCAUCACGGAGCUCCGCACCAGGGUCCUGCGGCUCUGGAUCCGCGACGGCGCCAAGGCGCGGGGUCUCGACCCGUCCGAGAUGCUGCGUUCGCUCCGCGCCGCCAUCAACAGCCACAUGCUCCACGUGCUGGAGACGAAAGUGCACAAAUUGCACCUCGUGGCGGCCGAAGUAUCCGCGGCGCUCGAGUCCUGGCAGGACGGCGCCGGCGCAGGCGUCGCGGCCAGGCAAAGCGGCAGCUCGCUCUGGGACGUGUCCCGCUUCGACGCCGACCUGGCCGCCGGGCCGGACAUGUUCCUGCGGCACCUCGUCGCGCAGGCCCACGGUCGGAGCGACGCCGUCUCCCGCGCCCUCAACUGCUUCACGUCGUGGAAGCACGUCGUCGACGAGGUCGGGGACGUGGUCGACGAGCUGAGGAAGCAGCGGUGGGACAACGACUCGGACGACAUGAUCGAGGACGAGGAGACCAUCGAGGAGCGCCAGCAGCUCCUGAGCAGGGACGACCCGCGGGCCCUGCAGGAGAGGCUCGGCGCCGCGCUGGCGAAGGCGUUUGCGGAUCUCAACCGGCAGUUGGCCGAGCUGUGGCGGGCUCGCUCCGAUGCGGCGGAUGGCGGGCAGGUGGCUAUGUACUUGCUCCGCGUGCUCCGGGACGAGGAGAAGAAGGACGAAGAGGCCGAGUCGAUCAGCAAGUUCGGGCUGGACAUGGUGCCGUCCCUGCACGACAAGCUGGCGGCUACGGUGUUUUCGGGCCCGUUGGAAACCCUCGCUUCGGAGGCGCUGUCGCAGAGGGUGGUGGUCGGGCGCGUGCUCUGGGAGGGUGGCGACCCGGAGCUGCCGGUGCAGCCGUCGCCGAGGAUAUUCCACUUCCUGCAUAACUUGUCGGUCGCCAUGGACGAGGCCGGCGUGGACCUCUGGAGUGGCAGGGCCGUUUCUGUGGCCAAGGCGCACCUCCGGGGACGCAUCGGCGAGUUGUGGUCGGAAGCCGUGGAUGCCGAGAGUAAGGAGGAGGAGGAGAGUAAGGAGGAGGAGGAGAGUAAGGAGGAGGAGGAGAGUAAGGAGGAGGAGGAGAGUAAGGAGGAGGAGGAGGGUGAGAAGGAGGAAGCCCAGAGCAGUGCGAGCGAAGGGGCAGGGACGGACACACAGACCAAGGAACAACAAAGACAACAUCUCUUCAUCCAGUGGCUGUUUGACAUUAGCCUGCUCCGAUGCGCCGUGGCCGAACCCGGUAGCUCAGAGGGCGGAGAUGAUCAGUUCGGGAGGUUGGAGGAUCAGGUUUAUGAGCACACCGGUCUCGACUCCAAAGCUCGGGAGCGGAUGGCAAAGUCGGCUCGUGAAGUCUGGGAAAGGACGAAUCUGUUGUUUGGCCUGUUGGCUUGAGGCCUUCGAUGGCAUUCCUUACGCCAACCACCCCUAGCAUCUACAUCUAUCUAUACACGCUCACAGCUUAUGCCUCUUCUCCCCGCUCGCAAUCUUCCUAAACUCCUCCUGCGGCACCCCCUUCAUAAACCUCUCCAACCCAGCAAACACCUCCUUCACAUUCUGCCUCUCGAGGAUCUCCACCUCCGGCGCGCGGAUAAGCGCCUUGAUCCCCGUCAAGCUCUCCCCAAUAAGAUGGGGCCCCAACCGCUCGUCCACCUCCCGCAGCACCAAGUCCCUAAACUUGGCGUCCUCCCCAGGCCCCUUCCCCACGGACUCGAACACCCUGUUC